AUGACAGGAAUGGAGACUGAAACUGCAAGAGACAAAGCCAUGGAAGAAGAAAGCACUGAGCAGAAAAAGGAGCGAGAGAAAAAGAAGAGGUCAAGGGUUAAACAGGUGCUUGCUGAUAUAGCAAAACAAGUGGACUUCUGGUUUGGUGAUGUCAAUCUCCACAAAGACAAAUUUCUUCGAGAACAAAUCGAAAAGUCCAGAGAUGGGUAUGUCGAUAUAUCCCUACUUGUUUCUUUCAAUAAAAUGAAAAAAUUGACUACUGAUGGAAAAUUGAUAGCCCGAGCAGUUAAAAGUUCAUCUGUGGUAGAGCUGGAUUUAGAAGGGACUAGAAUCCGAAGACGCCAGCCACUGGGUGAGCAACCAAAGGAUGUGGAUAGUCGAACAGUCUAUGUGGAGUUGCUGCCCAAAAAUGUCAAUCACAGCUGGAUUGAGCGAGUGUUUGGGAAGUGUGGUAACGUAGUUUACGUCAGCAUACCCCGAUAUAAAAGCACUGGUGAUCCAAAGGGGUUUGCUUUUGUUGAGUUUGAAACUAAAGAGCAAGCAGAAAAAGCUAUUGAGUUUUUGAAUAAUCCACCAGAAGAAGCACCACGGAAACCUGGGAUUUUCCCCAAAACAGUAAAGAAUAAGCCUGUUCCUACACUGAAUACAAGUAACAGCACUGUGGUAGAAGAGAAGAAAAAGAAGAAAAAAAAGAAAUCCAAAGUGAAGAAAGAGAGCCAUGUACAGGCAGCUGCAGAGACAAAGGAAUCAAACACAAACACUACAACAGAGCAAGUACCCAAAUCAAAAAGACACAGGACUUCGUCAGAGUGUUCAGAAAUGGAGGGGAUUGAGACUCACAGGCAGCCCUCAAGGAAAGAGAAAAGAAAAUGGGACAGAACUGAGAGCUCAGAGGCACCUUGGGAAAGCAGACCAGGGAAGAGAAAAAGAACCAGCUCUGGAGAUGGUGAGACAUCAACUCCCAAAGUCAAGAAAACUGUUCACAAGGAUGAAGUUCAUCCUGUAAAAGAGGAAACCACAGAAGUUCCAAAGGAACCCAAUGGUAAAAUUUGUUAUUUGAAUCAGAAAAUCAACAUUUCAGCAGAAGAAGACAAAGACAAAAAAGACACAUCCCUUUCAAAAUCUAAAAGGAAGCACAAGAAAAAACACAAAGAAAGGCACAAAAUGGGUGAAGAAGUCAUUCCUCUCAGAGUACUCUCCAAGACUGAAUGGAUGGAUUUGAAGCAAGAAUAUUUGGCCCUUCAGAAAGCCAGCAUGGCCUCCUUAAAGAAAACGAUGUCACAAAUCAAAACUGAGUCUGUGGCAGAGAUGGACACUGAGUCUGGUAUGCAGAAGAAGCCUCAGUCAGAAAAUGAUAAAUGAAAUCCUGCUUCCACCAGUGAGGACUGUGCCCAUCCCUCCAAGGCCAACACAAUGGGGCCCCGCUUUGUGAGUGGAGUGAUUGUGAAGAUCAUUAGCACUGAGCCCCUGCCGGGCAGGAAGCAGAUCAAGAAUGCUUUGGCAGCGCUGGCUGAAGUUGCCUAUGUGGAUAUGCUGGAGGGAGACACAGAAUGUCAUGUCCGUUUCAAAACUCCAGAGGAUGCACAGACUGUUGUGCGAUCACACAAAGAAAUACAACUCAAAAACAACUGGAAAUUCGAAGUUCUCACUGGUGAUCAUGAACAGCGUUACUGGCAGAAGAUUCUAGUGGACAGACAAGCUAAACUUAACCAGCCUCGAGAAAAGAAGAGAGGCACUGAGAAGCUGAUUGCCAAAGCUGAAAGAAUGAGACUUGAAAAGACUCAACGAACAAGUAAACAUAUUCGCUUCACUGAAGAGAAGUAACCAAGACUUGAUUGUGAUCUCACAACUGAACUAGAUAUUUAAAAAAGAAAAACACAAAAGGAAAACAACCCCCACAGCCACCACUGCUUACAGCAACUAAACCCUUUCUAAGGAGGCAUCACAAUCAGUUUGAUUCAUAAUUCUGCAGACUGCAGGUAUGAAGAUUGUUCUGAGUCCCGUUUUAAAUAGGCUGAAUGUUUACUGCUUCUGAGCCUCUGGGUAAAGCUUUCUGGGAAAAAAAUGUAAAAAGAGGUCUGGCUUUAGUUCACUUCUGGGUU